CCACGGCGAAUUUAUAGUCUUCUCCGCAUUUUCCUUCCAAGUUCCAGCCACCUAAGUUACCCGCCCUCAAUCUACAUACUCUAUACAUAUGUAGUGUGUUUUAGCUGCAUACCUACACUGCAUCAUCACUUGGCUCCUCAAUUGCACUUUGACAUACCUACAUACGAGCUUCUCUAUACCUUCUACGGCCUCGAUUCACACAAGACCGCGCAACUUGCGCUUAGAUUCCGGGAUGGAGGCGCUGCUCUCCCUCGCUUUCGACAACAUUGUCUCCAAGGACACGCAGAAGAUCCGCAAAGGCUUGCGUCAAAUUGAGGGCAUGCUGGCACAGAUAUGUCUGUCUAACCCCAAAUCUAAGCCCUCUACGCCUGGCCAUCAGCGCAAUACCUCGGCCAUCAAUCUCAACGAACAACAAUCGACUCCAAAGAAACUGGGCCAGUUGGGCGACGACCUCGCUUUUCGCGAGUUCUUUCGGCUACAAGACGGCUUCGAAUGGAAUGUCGCGACCCGUGUAGCUGAUUGUCUGAAUCGCCUGUUGGGCAUGUCAAGCAAUGGCCAGAAUGACCUACUCAUCCUAUCAUCACUCUCCAAUCUACAAGGACUGCUCCUGCUACACCCUCCCUCCCGCAUCAUAUUUGGGCGCGAAGUGUACAUGAACCUCCUUCUUGACCUUCUCGACCCUUACAAUUGCCCUGCCAUACAAUCCGCCGCUCUACUCGUCCUCGUUACCGCGCUCCUCGCUACUCCCCCGAAUAUUCGCACAUUCGAGAACAUGGACGGUCUGCUUACCGUUACGAGCUUGUUCAAGGAUGAGGAGACGACACAAACAGUAAAGGUGAAGCUGCUGGAAUUCGUCUACUUCUACCUCAUGCCUGAGACACCCAUACCAUCCGCCAGCGCGCCCAAUACGGCUGUCCCAAACCAAUUAGCUGCCGCUUUCAAGAGGCGAGGUAGUACCGUUAGUGGCGACGACGGCGCUGGUGUGGCGAGGAUCAACAUUCGCUCUCAAGAGGAAAAACAACACAUGCUGGCACGCUACCUGAACAACGUCGACGCUCUGGUUCAAGACCUCAAUGAGAGCGCGCCGUUCACGAGCGUCGCUUGUUGA